CUCCAGGCAUCUCAAGCUCCAUUAGCUGAGCCAGGGCACGAUGUGAGACUGAACAACAAUGAGGUACAAUACUGAAGAGCCAGCAGAGCCUGAUACACUCCGGAGUCCCACCCCCUUUCUCACACACAAUGCAGGGACAGACUAACCGGGUGGCAACAAUGUCUCUCCUGUCUUUAACCAACCCCCCGGGCUGGAGCGUGUGCUCUGCCCUCUGUAUCCUCAUCGUGUUGCUCCCAGAGGCCAAAGCAGACAACCUGAACACUACCACUCAGCGCAAUGGCGGGGGUUCCCAGUGUGGGGAGUACACUAACCAGGUGAUGGAGAACGGCAUGUGUCGGCUGGUGGCCACGCUGCCUCAGCUGGACGAGCAGAGAUGCCCGGAUAUGUUUCGCUGCACCGAUGAGGUUUCCUACUGGCUGCACGAGAACGAGGAGAGGAAACAGCAGAUUGUGGCGCUGAAGGAGACCAUCUCUGAGCUGCAGGAGGAGCUGAGGAACCACCGGCACCGCAUCAAAGUCCUCGAGCUGCAGAGUGAAGAGAGAAACCAUUUGAACAUCUCCUUGGAACAGCGUUUUCAUGAGCUGGAGUUGCACUAUGCUGAAGCCACCACCCUGCUGCACCUUCAGGGCACUCUGAUCUUGGACCUACAGAACCAGCUCCAUAAUCUGACGCUUUUGGUGAAUAAAGUAAAAAGAAGCCCUGGCUGUUUGAUCAACAUCGUCCGGCCCAACCCUCUCAUGAGUGCUCAAGAAGCCCUGCACCCAGAGAUUCAGCAUGUGAGGAACUGCCCCAUAGACUGUGCUUCUAUCUACUACAAUGGAGUGAGGAGAUCAGGCCUCUACACUGUAGUGCCAUCACUGGCAGGCAUGCCUGUGGAGGUUUACUGUGACAUGGAUACAGAUGGUGGUGGCUGGACUGUGAUCCAGCGGCGAGUUGACGGCUCGGUGAGCUUUGACCGCAGCUGGCGGGACUACAGGGACGGUUUUGGAGACCUGCACUCAGAGUUCUGGCUGGGAAACGACCACAUACAUGACCUGAGCACCCAGGGAGACUACAGCCUCCGCAUCAACCUGGAGGACUGGACCAACAAGCACAAACACGCCCUCUACCAGAGCUUCAGUGUGGACGAUGAGGAGCAUCAGUACCGUCUCCAUGUGUCAGGCUUCAGUGGCACGGUGCAGGACUCUUUCAGCUGGUACCACGACAAGCAGGGCUUCAGCACCCCAGACAGUGGUAACAUCUGUGCUGAGAUCUCCCAUGGUGGCUGGUGGUACAACCAGUGCUUCUACGCCAACCUUAAUGGCGUCUACUACAGGGGAGGCCACUACACCCCUAAAGGACGGGGGCCGCUGGGUCCUGAUGGGAUCGUUUGGCACUCCUGGAGAGACUCUGACUAUUACUCUCUACGAAAGGUCAGCAUGAUGAUCCGCCCACGCAGCUUCAGAUCCCGUUUGUCACCCUGAACCACUGUCACCUUGACAACGGUUGGGACGCAGGAACAAUACUCUGGCAUUGGAGAUGACAUGGCGUCACACUGAUGGUGACAUCCACUGAUGUUUUUAUUGACAGAGCUCUACAAGAGGGAAGUGAAUCUCAACAAGUCUUUGUAGUGAGUGAACCUUCUGACUAACCUGUGGAAAUGGCGUCUCCUCUCCUAUUUUUGAACUGAUUGUAUGUGCAAAUAUGGCUGGUGUGCUUGAUAUUCCUCACAAAAUAUGGACUCAUUUUCUGCUGCAUAUUUUUGGACUCACACACUUUAAACUGUAGAGUUCUUUUUGGGACAUGGACAUUUUUCACUCAGUCAUGGGAAGUGAGUUCUUCCUUAUUUUCUACUUCUAUUUUCUACCUUUAGUUUGAUACUUGACACACUAUUAGUAACUCCGCCAAAAUAAAAAGGCAGAUUUUGUACAACUUGUUGACAGCAUGAAGAGGCUUGCAGUAUCAAACGCUGAGAGGAGGCCUGUACAACUGGCUGGCAGAGCAUGAGACCGUUUACUGGAUGUUUUGCAUACGCCGUGUGCAUGUACUUUUUAUGAUGUCUAUAUUUUGCCAUUUUCCAUUCACUUUGAAAUCCAGCCAACUAUGAAUUUAAUCAAAUGUGUAAAUCUCUAUUGUAAUAAGUGUAUUAACACUAUUAAUCAGUCAUGACAUAAGAACACUGAAUUGUAUUAGACAAAAAGACCCCAACCCUUUGACUUGAUAAGUGCUAUCGUCUCACUAUAUAGACUCAGACAGAGAGGAUGGAGGACUGUGUAUACAUACAUAUGUGCUGUGCA